AUGACAGUGCAUCGGCAGCCAGCAGUAUGGAGGUGACUGACCGCAUCGCCUCCCUGGAGCAGCGGGUCCAGAUGCAGGAGGACGAGAUUCAGCUGCUAAAGUCUGCUCUGGCCGAUGUGGUGCGCCGGCUCAAUGUGUCCGAGGAGCAGCAGGCCAUGGGGUCACGCAGAGGACCCACCAAAGACCCUGCUUUGAUGAGAAAGUCUCCCUCAGCAGACAGCAAUGUUGCGAAGCCAGCUAGGCCAAUGAUUGCCACCCUGCCAUUACGGCCCACGGUAAACAACGGGACCAUCCUACCAAAGAAAGGCAGCGGGACUCUGCCCUCCCCAUCCGGAUCAGGAUCCAGGAAGGACACCAGCACAACAGCCAACAAGAGCACUGUGAGGAGAGCCAACUCAAACGAACAUGUGGGAACCCUUACACGGAAAGAUUCGGGCGACUCCAAGGGCAACCGAACUCGCGCCGGAUCCACUGGCAGCAAUUCCAGCGGAAAAAGAAGUGACAGCAAACAGAGGGACCCAGUGUUCAAUGCAGGGAUGCGACGUGUGACCCACUGCAAAGAGGAAGGAUAUGUGAAAAUGUACUUGAAGGGUCGUCCCAUCACCAUGUUCAUGCCCAAAGAGCAGGUGGACAGCUACUGCCUGGAGGCCAGAGCCGACCUGCCUAACAACAAACUCAAACUGGACUGGGUUUAUGGUUACCGCGGUCGAGACUGUCGCUCCAACCUUUACUUAUUGCCCACUGGAGAAACUGUGUAUUUCAUUGCCUCUGUGGUCGUCCUGUUCAACGUGGACGAGCAGCUGCAGAGACACUACACUGGACACACAGAUGACAUCAAAUGCCUGGCCGUCCACCCCGACAAAAUCACCAUAGCAACUGGGCAGGUGGCGGGCACCUCUUCAGAUGGGAAACAGCUGGCUCCUCAUGUCCGUGUGUGGGACUCGGUCAGCCUAAACACACUUCAUGUUCUGGGCACAGGCUUCUUUGACCGAGCCUUGGUCUGCCUGGCUUUCUCCAAGCCGAAUGGAGGAAACACAUUAUGUGUCGUAGACGACUCCAAUGACCAUGUCCUGUCCGUGUGGGACUGGCAGAGAGAGGACAGGCUGGCUGAGGUCAAGUGCUCCAAUGAGUCGGUGUUUGCUGCAGACUUUCACCCGACAGACUGCAACAUUAUAGUGACCUGUGGCAAGUCCCACCUCUAUUUCUGGAACCUGGAGAAAGGCGUUCUGGUCAAGAAGCAAGGCCUGUUUGAGAAACAGGAGAAGCCCAAGUUUGUGCUGUGUGUGACCUUUGCAGAAAACGGAGAUGCCAUCACAGGAGACUCAAGUGGAAACAUUCUGGUGUGGGGAAAAGGCACUAAUCGUAUCAGCCACGUCAUCCAAGGAGCACACGAGGGCAGCAUCUUUGCUCUGUCCAUGCUUAGGAACGGCACGCUGGUGUCUGGAGGCAAAGACCGCAGGCUCGUCUCCUGGGACAGCAGCUACCAGCAGAUACAAACAGUGGAGGUGCCUGAGUUGUUUGGUCCAAUCCGGACCAUAGCAGAGGGCAGAGGGGAGACUGUGCUCAUCGGGACCACAAAGCACUUUGUUCUGCAAGGCAGUUUGGAUGGAGAAUUCAUACCUAUUACACAGGGUCACACUGAUGAGUUGUGGGGUCUGGCUGUCCACCCCUGGAAGCCUCAGUUCCUUACCUGUGGCUAUGACAGACAGGUCUGCCUGUGGGACUCCAGUUCCCAUCAGAUCAUCUGGACCAAGAGUAUGGAGGAUGCGGCCCAAUCAGCAGGCUUUCAUCCGUCUGGAGCUGUGGUUGCCAUAGGAACCCAGGCUGGCAGGUGGCUGGUGCUGGACACUGACUCUAAGGAUCUUGUCACAGUGCACACAGAUGGGAAUGAACAGCUGUCUGUUAUGAGCUACGGGCCAGAUGGUAACUUCCUGGCCAUCGGUUCCCACGACAACUACAUCUAUAUCUACGCAGUGGCAGAAAAUGGGAGGAAGUACAGCAGAGUGGGGAAGUGCUCGGGUCACUCUAGUUUUAUCACCCAUCUGGACUGGUCAGUGGACUCCCAGUACCUGGUAUCAAAUUCAGGGGACUAUGAGAUACUGUAUUGGAUCCCAUCAGUGUGUAAACAGGUGGUCAGUGUGGAGACCACCAGAGAUAUCGAGUGGGCCACUAAUACUUGCACUCUGGGCUUCCACGUCUUUGGCUUGUGGCCCGACGGCUCAGACGGCACUGACAUCAACGCUGUCUGCAGGAGCAAUGAUAAAAGCCUUCUGGUUACCGGAGACGACUUUGGGAAGGUCCAUCUAUUCUCAUACCCCUGUUCACAAUUCAGGGCUCCCAGCCAUAUUUAUGGCGGCCACAGCAGCCACGUGACCAACGUGAGUUUCCUGCACGAGGACAGCUACCUGGUGUCAACCGGAGGGAAGGACAUGAGCGUGAUGCAGUGGAGGAUAGUCUGAGGGGAGCAAGACAGAAACAGAUACUGUCGGUUUAUUACUGCUGCUGGGGGCCUGAACCCUAGCUGAAGCAAACUGAACUGAACUGCACUAAACUGAACUGAACCAAACUUAAAUUAACUCAGACGCUAAAAACAAAGUGGAUCUGCCUGAACUGAAGUGAAUUGACAGAAGAGGAACCUGAGGUUUUUAUUCCUGAUCUGCUCUCAGAUCCCAAAUGAGAUGAACUGUUGGAGGUGUAAUGUGCGGUUGCUUGAAAUACAAACAUUUUGAAUAUUUCUCCCUUUUCUUUAUUCACACUACAUGUAGAAAAAAAAUCUCUCUCUCUCAUGUACUGUAGCCUACUCACCAAUGACAUAAGACAAAACAAAUCAAAUGGAUCAAAUCCAACUAGACAGAACCAAAGGCUCUGACUUUCUGACUGCAUUCGUACAGUUUGACUUUCUCUGUUCUUGCACUGUUCCUGCCACAGAUGAUGGACUGAAGAGGUUCACGGCUGAUUAUCAUCGCGCUGGAGAUCCAAGAGCAUGGGAACAAAAAACUGUGUAUGGAAAGAAAGAACAUAGUGAUUUUCUAAUUGUUAAACUUUCUUUUAUUUUGUAUUUAACAACUCAGGAAAGCCCUAGAGAAGCAGGACUCUUCCCUGUUAUUAACACUGACAUAUCAGAACCAGACCUAAACAUACAGAGCAUUAUGAACCACGGUUAAUAUGAGCGGUUGUCCAACCAUUAUUGAUUUAUUUGCAUUGACUAAUUGUGUAUGAAAACUACCUAUAUAGUCUAGGCAAAUGCUGAAAUUGGUGGGCAUGAUAAUUAAAUACAGCAAGGAGAAUACAGGAGUCCAGUUAGAUGUGAUGAUACUCACUGUCUGAAACUAUGAUCAUCUGGGUAAAUUAUUUAAAGGCAAUGAAAAAUGUCAUUAUCUGGAUUCAGAGUUAGGAUUUUUAACCAUUUCCCACAACAUUAUCUGAACAAUUUCUGUUUUUGUGCUUCCAGGUCUUAAAAAAUGCACCUUUUCUAUUAUUUAUUGAUCAAAUUCUCCACUGCCAAUUUCAGUUCCUUUUAGUUAUUUUCUUACAAUAAAUCCCUGCCUAGUCCCAGAUAUGUAAAUAUACUGAGAGGCUUGAAACAGAUAUGAACAAAAAUGUGGGUGAAUAUACAGUAUUUGAAACAGUUUCAGAGUGCUGUAUUUUUCCUCCAUCUUGAUGUGCAAGGAAAAUGAAAAUCAAGCAUGUAUUGGGGUUUUUCAAUGACGUGAAGCCUUUUCAAAUGUGUAUAUAUCUGCAUUUUAUUGCACCCAGAUCAGUUUAGGAAGGGAAGGGAGAGACCAUUACACUGUAACUGUUUACGUCUGAUGUGCACCAUCAGUCACUGGCAAGAUAUUUAAUUGAACUUGAGGUGGGGUUUUUUUACUAUAAUGCACUGCUUCAGCCUGAUAAACAUACAGCAGGUCUAUUUACCUGCACACGCAUAUCACCAUUUAGCACUUACUGGAGCUUUUCAUGAACCAAUGAUGUCUGCUUUCAACCUUUCAGGCUGCAUACUGUCCCUACACCUACUGUACUAGCGUGUCACCCUCCUCAUCUCGUGGAUAACAUAAAGCCAAUAUUAGACACAUGCAUGAAUAAACAAGAUUUCGUUGAUUGGAGUUCAGCAGAUAUUAGUAAGACCAGAACUGCCACUGAUUUGAGGCGUGUUGGUUUUGAUUGUUGGGAGUUGUCUUAUCAGGAAAAAAAAACAGUGAAAUCCUCUUAACAGCAGUGAUCACCACUCUACAGAGUGAAUGUAACAUGAUUUGUCUCACCACUAAACACUUGGGGCUGCAGAAUACCAUUGAACAUUUAACAUUUGUCUGAAAGUAAAUGCAACAUGAA